UCAUUCGUGGUAAAUAUUUUGUAACGAUAAGAUCGUGGUUUAUCGUUCACGAAACCGGGCAGCAUUCUCGCUUGGAAGCGGAUUUCGUGACGUAUAAAAGUUUAAUUUAAAAAAAUAAUUUAAAAAUAAAAAAUAUUAUACAGACCGUCGUGCUUAAAAAUUAUAUAAAAAAUUUUAUACUCACAUACAAAUUAAAUUUGUUCUUUUGACUAAAUUCGUAUUUGGUAAUCGGAAAUAAUUAAUUUGAAAUUAGUGCAAUCAAAUGGAAAAUAGUUAUUUUCAAGAACAAUUAAAUACAAUUAAAAUAGAAAUAAAAGAAACAAAAAAAUUUAUAAAAAAUCUUCUGAAAAACUUGAUAUUUCAAAAAAAAUUUUAAAAAUUUUGUGAUUUAAUAAAAAAAAAGUUUAAAAUUAAUUCUAAAUAGAACUAAAUUUUUGUGUUAAUUUUAAUUAAAGUCUAAAAUUUUGAAUUAAACAACUAAAACCUAAAAACCUUUAGAAAAUGUCUAUAUCAAGUCGAAUAACUCUUGCGGUUGCAUUGAUUGCAAUUCUAAUAUCAUGUGUUAAAUAUAUUGAUACACAAAAUAUUUUCUUAUCGGCAUUUGAUUUUUUAAGACGUGGUGAUGAAGAAAUGCGUUUAGAAAGUAUGGAUAAUAAACCAAUGGAAUCUGAAUAUGAUUUUAUAAUUGUUGGUGCUGGUACAGCUGGUUGUACAUUAGCUGCAAGAAUAUCAGAAAAUCCAAAAUGGCGUGUAUUAUUAUUAGAAGCAGGACAACAUGAAUCACUUAUUAUGGAUGUACCAAUUGUUGCACAUUUCUUACAAUUAGGUUCAAUGAAUUGGAAAUAUCGUACACAAUCAAGUAAAACAGCAUGUUUAGCAAUGAAUAAUAAUCGUUGUAAUUGGCCACGUGGUAAAGUAAUGGGUGGUUCAAGUGUAUUAAAUUAUAUGAUGUAUACAAGAGGUAAUCGUCGUGAUUAUGAUCGUUGGUCUGAUUUAGGUAAUCCAGGUUGGUCAUAUAAAGAAAUUUUACCAUUCUUUAAAAAAUUAGAAGAUAGUAGUGUACCAGAUGCUGAUGUUGAUUAUGUUGGACGUGGUGGUCCAGUUACUGUAUCAUAUGUUAGUUGGCGUUCAAAAAUUGCUGAUGCAUUUGUACAAGCGUCACAAGAAGAUGGUUUACCAUAUCGUGAUUAUAAUGGUAAAAUACAAGUUGGUGUAUCACAUUUACAUACAACAACACGUAAUUCAACACGUACCAGUUCAAAUCGUGCCUAUUUAUAUCCGAUUAAAGGGAAACGACCAAAUUUACAUAUUAAAAAGAAUGCACAUGUUACAAAAAUUUUAAUUGAUCCGGAAACAAAAACAGCAUAUGGUGUAUCAGUUGUUAUCGAUGGUCAUAAAUAUAAAGUUAGAGCAAGAAAAGAAGUUAUUGUAUCAGCUGGUGCUAUUAAUACACCACAAUUAUUAAUGUUAUCGGGUAUUGGUCCAGCAUCACAUUUACAAGAGAUGGGUAUUAAACCGAUAAUUGCUGAUUUAGCUGUUGGUUUUAAUUUACAAGAUCAUACAGCACCGGCUGUUACAUUUACAACAAAUGCAACAUCAUUACAUUUUGAAGAUUUUGCUAAUCCAUUAUUAUUAACUGAUUUUAUGAAUCAUCAUGGUCCAUAUGGUUCACCUGGUGGCUGUGAAUCAAUAUCAUUUUAUGCAUUAGAUGAUCCUAAAAAUGCAGAUGGUUGGCCAGAUAUUGAAUUAUUUUUAGUUGGUGGUUCAAUGGCUGCAAAUCCAGCUAUUAGCCGGGCAUUCGGCUUAAAAUCAUCAAUAUAUGAAUCAAUGUUUAGAGAAAUUGAAGAUCGUAAUUUAAAUGCAUUCAUGAUAUUCCCAAUGAUAUUAAGACCAAAAUCAAGAGGUAGAAUAUUAUUAAAAAGUACUGAUCCAUUUAAAUAUCCAUUAAUAUAUUCAAAUUAUUUUGAUCAUCCAUAUGAUGUUGAUAUAUCGGUACGUGGUUUACUUAAAGCAAUUAGUUUAGCUGAUAAACCUGGUUUUAAAAAUAUUAAUGCACAAUUAUGGGAUCGUGUUAUACCGACAUGUAAAAAAUAUGGUUAUAAAACAAGAAAAUAUUGGGAAUGUUAUGUUAGACAUUUUACAUUUACAAUUUAUCAUUAUUCUGGUACAUGUAAAAUGGGCCCAAAAACAGAUCCAACAGCUGUUGUUGAUUCACAUUUACGUGUUUAUGGUGUUAAUCAAUUACGUAUUAUCGAUGCUAGUAUUAUGCCAGAAAUUAUUGCUGGUCAUCCAAAUGGUCCUGUAUUUAUGAUAGCUGAACGUGGAGCUGAUUUUGUUAAACGUGAUCAUGGUUUUAAUCAAUAAUUUAAAAAAAAAAUUUAACUAUAUAAUUUAAAUUUUAAUUAAUAUUUAAUGAAUCCUAAAUAAUAAUUAUGUAAAUUAUUGAUAUAGCGAUAAAGCAAUAAGUGAUUGUAAUUAAUAAAAUUAUGUAAGUACCAGAAUUUGAUCAAAUUAAAUAAAUUGUAAAUUUAUAUAAUUUUUAAGUAGGAAAAAAAAAAACAAAUUUUUUAAAUUAUUUUUAAGUACAAAAAACAAAAGUACUUAAAAUUCAAGUGUAUAAUUUUUUUUUAUAUUUUUUUUUUUUAUAAUAAAAUUAUAAAAUAUUUGAAUAUAAAAAUGGAAAAAAAAGAAAAAAAAAUUAGGUGAUUUUUUAUAAACAAAAACUUUUUUAUAAAAAAAAAUCAAUACACUCAGAAAAAUUACAAUGUAUUUAAAAUUAACAAAAACAGUCUUAUAGAAAUUUAAGAAAAAAAUUUUUGUCGGUAAAUGUAUGAAAUUACGCUUUUGUACAAUUCAAAGAAAUCAUAAAUAAAUUAAUAAAUUUUAUAAUAAGUACAUAGAAAAAAAUAAAAAAUUAGAAUAUUGUAAUUAAUAUUUAGAAUUAGAAUUAAUUGUAUAUAAAAACAAAAAUUCAAAUAAAAUAAAACAAUCCAUACUAAUUUAAACAAAA